AGGAGUCUGUCGCCGCCCCCUUGUACCUGCUCAUGGCCGCUUCCUAUAGCGUGCACAGACCACAGCCGGUUUACUGUCGUUUCCAUUAAGAGCAUUUUGACUCCGUGUCAAAAUGUCUGCCGGGGUUAUGCUGAAGAGUUUGCACAGAAUUAGUAGAUAUUCGUUGAUCCAGUCGAGGGUGAAAUUAGUCGCUUCCUACCACACGGAGAGGGGUGUUUUUGGUUACAGGCCCCGGAAAGGAAGCUCGGAGGAGCCGGACUCAGAGCUUCAGGCGCUGCUGAACACACACUUCUCUCUCAGUCAAGACCAUGGCCUGGCUCGCUUGGUUGAGGCCUAUCGCACACAUGGGCACAAAGCUGCUAGAAUUAACCCUUUAAUGCCCAAUGCACCUCUUAUGGACAAAGUGCCAGAGAUCAGCCUCCUCGAUGGCAGCCUCCCAGGAACCCUCAGGACAUCCGGUUUGAGGCACUUCGGGAAAGCCGAGGCCCGAACCGAGGAGGUGGUUUUGUACUUGGAGACCACCUAUUGUGGUAGGAUCUCUGUGGAGACCAGUCAGCUGCAGAGUCUGGAGGAGAGCGUUUGGCUCACGGAUCGAUUUGAGGAGCUGAAGAAGGAGAGCUUUACUGCUGAAGAGAGGAAGGAGCUGGCGAAACUCAUGCUGGAGUCACAGGAAUUCGACCACUUUCUAGGCACUAAGUUUGCAACAGUGAAGCGGUAUGGCGGAGAGGGAGCAGAGAGCAUGAUGGGAUUUUUCUCUGAGCUUUUCCGUUCGGCUGCGAAGAGUGGCGUAACGGACGUGGUCAUGGGAAUGCCUCACCGCGGACGCCUCAACUUGCUUACCGGACUUUUGCACUUCCCACCAGAGUUGAUGUUUCGUAAAAUGAGAGGCCUCAGCGAAUUUCCCGAGAACUCGCCCGCCAUCGGAGAUGUCCUCUCUCACCUCACCUCCUCUGUGGAUUUGGAAGUGGGCGCUGAACACCCUCUGCACGUGACGAUGCUUCCCAACCCAUCCCAUUUAGAGGCCAUUAAUCCAGUUACUCAGGGCAAAACGCGUGGCCGACAACAGAUCAGGAAGGAUGGGGAUUACUCUAACGACAGCCACGCUCGGCCUGGGGACAAAGUCAUCUGUUUGCAGGUCCAUGGUGAUGCCUCGUUCUCCGGACAAGGAAUCGUACCAGAAACCUUCACACUGUCGAAGCUCCCUCACUUCAGAGUUGGUGGAAGCAUCCACCUUAUUGUGAACAACCAAGUAGGCUACACCACUCCCUCUGAGAGAGCUCGCUCGUCCUUGUACUGCAGUGACAUUGGUAAGAUGGUGGACUGUGCUGUGAUCCAUGUAAAUGGCGACGACGUUGAAGAAGUCCUCAGAGCCACACGGUUAGCUGUCGAGUAUCAGAGGCGCUUCAGGAAGGACAUCAUAGUGGACCUGCUGUGCUACCGUCAGUGGGGUCACAACGAGCUGGACGAGCCGUUUUUCACAAACCCUGCCAUGUAUAAAAUCAUCCGAACAAGGAAGAGCAUCCCCGAUUCCUACACCGAGCAGCUGAUCUCAGAGGGACUGAUGACUGAUGAAGAACGCGGUCAGAUUAAAACAGCCUACCACUCUUUUCUCAAUGAUCGUCUGGCUAACAUGACUUUCUUCAGCCCUCCACCCACCAACCUGCAGGGCCGCUGGGGUGAUCUGGUCGAGCCACAGAACAGAGUUUCAGCCUGGGACACUGGUGUAACUGUUCCCCUGCUGCAGUAUGUGGGAGCAAAAUCGGUGGAGAUCCCUGAGGAGAUCGAGGUGCACAGUCACCUUGUGAAGACGCAUAUAAAGUCGAGACUGCAAAAACUUGAAGUAGGAACCGCGCUGGACUGGUCUACUGCCGAGGCGCUGGCAUUCGGCACUCUUCUCACUCAGGGCUUCGACGUGCGGAUCAGUGGCCAGGAUGUCGGUCGUGGUACAUUCAGUCAACGCCAUGCCAUGGUCGUGUGCCAGGAGUCCAACGACAUGUACAUUCCUCUCAAUCACGUUGACCCUCAACAAAAAGGCCAUCUGGAGGUGUGUAACAGUGCACUGUCUGAAGAGGCAGUGUUGGGUUUUGAGUACGGAAUGAGCAUCGAACAGCCGAAAUUGCUUCCUAUAUGGGAAGCUCAGUUUGGAGAUUUCUUCAAUGGAGCGCAAAUCAUCUUUGACACCUUUAUCUCUGGAGGUGAGGCUAAGUGGUUGCUGCAGAGCGGCAUGGUUAUCCUGCUCCCACACGGCUAUGAUGGAGCUGGACCUGAGCACUCGUCCUGCCGCAUCGAGCGUUUCUUACAACUGUGUGACAGUAAAGAGGAAGGCAUCGAUGGUGACGUAGUAAAUAUGGCCGUGGUAAACCCAACAACUCCAGCUCAGUACUUCCACCUGCUGCGGAGACAAAUGAUCCGAAACUUCCGCAAACCGCUCAUCGUGGCAUCCCCUAAAACACUGCUGCGUUUUUCUGGGGCAGUGUCGAGCUUAGAGGAAAUGGGACCUGGAACGUGCUUCAAGCCCGUAAUAGGCGACACCUCAGUAAUUCCUGAGAGUGUGCAGCGAGUGCUUCUUUGCUCAGGUAAGCACUAUUAUGCACUGCUGAAGCAACGAGAGACGCUGCCCGAGGCGAGUAAGAACACAGCGCUGAUCAGAGUGGAGGAGCUUUGCCCUUUCCCCACAGACGCCCUACAGCAAGAGCUCAGCAAAUACAGUAAUGCCAAAGAGUUUAUCUGGAGCCAAGAAGAGCCCCAGAACAUGGGAAGCUGGUUUUUUGUGUCUCCCCGGUUUGAAAAACAGCUCGGCUGUAAGCUGCGGUUGGUCAGUAGGCCUCCUCUGGCUGCCCCUGCUGUGGGCAUCAGUAUUCUCCACCAUCAGCAGCACGAGGCCAUUCUUACAGCCUCCUUCUCCUGAUGCACAUAAACCACUAACCCAGCUUGACCCACUUCAGAACCUGAUGUAUGGUACAUGGAGCCACAGAGUCACUUCUCCCAACCAGCAUCUGGGCUACAUUUAAUGUGCUUUAACUGUUUUAAAAUUUUUUCAACAUAUCAUUAAUUAAUUUUCCCACUGUUUAUUUUUUUCUUUAUCAUUUCUGUUUUAAGGAUAUUAAGAUGGCGUUUAUAGCUGCCACUGAUUUUUUUACACUGUAGAAAUGAAGUACACAGGGCGAUCAGAAGUGAUCAGAGCGAAGUAUUUAAAUCCCUCAGAGAUCGUUUCAGAUCACAGAAGGUAAUCUUUGUAAUACUUGGAAUAAAUCUUGUUUUGAUCGUCAUAAUUAGAAAACCACAAUCGAUUGCGUACUUGAAACAAAUUGCAUUAGAUAUAGCUGAUUUGGCAAACUUGAAGAAACUUUGAAAUGGUCCAGUUUUCAGUUUCGCAGAGAAUAACACUGGAGAAAGGGCUAGAUCAUCGAAUUACUUAAUGAAAGUAGGUUUUCACUGCAACUGUUUAUCCCUCACACGGUAUAUGUUGGUGCCGAACUGAUCACUGAAUGGACUGUUCGUUAACCAGACAAACAUUCAGCCGAAUGCUAUUAUUAAGGUUAAUUCUACUGUAAAUUGUUCCAUACAGUAAUAUGUGAGUUGAAUUUCGCAGAUUAUUGGAAGCAACUCAACACGCAAACUUUUCACCGAUCUCCUUUUUUUUGGAUUAUUUUACAUGUGAGACAUGUAGGUUAUCGUUUAAAAAUGACAUCAAGUCCUUGAUUUAUCACUUAGUUUGUGGAGGGUUUAUAAAACACUUUAAAAUGUACUUUGGGGAACAAACAUUCUGUAAUUACGUCUUUUUAUUUUCUUUGGAAAUUUGCAAUUCAGCUGUAAUUGACUACUCUUUGAGUCAUGACAUCCUCUUAAAUGAUCUUUUGGAACCACUGUUGUACGUUUACAGGAUUUGAAGAAAAUAAAUGAUUUUAUGGGA